GCUGGGGAUGACACUGGCUGCUCAGCAUCUCUGCUCAGGGCUCCCAGGGACCCAUCUCAAUGGCUUCCCAGUGCAGGAGCAGCAACCACUGACCACAGGCCCCCAGGACUGGAACUGAGACCCCCAGGACUGGAACUGAGACCCCCAGGACUGGAACUGACACCCCCAGGACUGGAACUGACACCCCCAGGACUGCAGCAGGCACCCCCAGGACUGGAACUGACACCCCAGGACUGGAACUGACCCCCCCAGGGCUGGAGCAGACACCCCCAGGACUGGAACUGACACCCCCAGGACUGCAGCAGGCACCCCCAGGACUGGAACUGACACCCCAGGACUGGAACUGACACCCCCAGGACUGGAACUGACACCCCCAGGACUGCAGCAGGCACCCCCAGGACUGGAACUGACACCCCAAGGACUGGAACUGAGACCCCCAGAACUGGAACUGACACCCCAAGGAAGGGCACAUACACCCCCCAGGACUGGAACUGACACCCCAAGGAAGGGCACAGACACCCCCCAGGACUGGAACUGACACCCCAGGCCUGGAACUGACACCCCAAGGAGGGGCACAGACACCCCCAGGACUGGAACUGACACCCCCAGGACUGGAACUGACACCCCAAGGAGGGGCAAAGACACCCCCAGAACUGGAACUGACACCCCAAGGAGGGGCACAGACACACCCCAGGCCUGGAACUGACACCCCCAAGGAGGGGCACAGACACCCCCCAGGACUGGAACUGACACCACAAGGAGGGGCACAGACACCCCCAGGACUGGAACUGACACCCCAAGGAGGGACACCGACACCCCUAGGCCUGGAACUGACACCCCCAAGGAGGGGCACAGACACCCCCCAGGACUGGAACUGACACCACAAGGAGGGGCACAGACACCCCCCAGGACUGGAACUGACACCCCAGGAGUGGCACAGACAAACAGCCCCAGGAGGUGCACAGAAAGCAGCUACCUGCCCCCAUCAGGUGGCAUGUUUGGGGCACUGAAUGUGACUGUCCUCGCCAUCCCCUGAUCUGCAGAAUGACAGCCAUAAAGGAACAACCAGCCAUGAGCAGGGCCAACCCCUCCCAGGAGCAGGAGCUGGGAAGCAGCACCCCUCCGCAGAGGAACUGGAAGGGAAUUGGCAUCGCUCUGCUGGUCAUCCUGGUGGUCUGUUCACUCAUCACAAUGUCUGUCAUUCUCCUUACCCCAGACGAAAUCCCAAACUCUUCUGGAAGUGUCCUCACCUUGGAAGAUCUCUUUAGAAAAAAGUUUUCUAUUUACGAUCCAGAACCCAAAUGGAUUCAAGAUCAUGAGGUUGUAUAUAAAGACAGGGAAGGCUAUGUCUUCAGAUUAAACGUGGAGACAAAAGAGGCCAAAACUCUUCUGGAAAAUGCAACUUUUGUAACGUUCAAAGCGUCUCGCUAUUCAGUGUCACCGGACCUCCGUUAUGUUCUACUGGCAUAUGAUGUGAAACAGGUUUUCCAUUGGUCUUUUACGGCUUCUUAUGUUAUCUAUGAUAUUCAGACUAGGGAAGUUUGGGAGUUAAACCCUCCAGAAGUGGAAGAUUCCGUUUUACAAUAUGCUGAAUGGGGCGCUACUGGGCAACAGCUAAUCUAUAUUUUUGAAAAUAACAUUUACUAUCAGAGAGAAGUGAAAGGCAGCUCCUUAAGGCUGACGUCCUCUGGGAAAGACGGCAUUAUUUACAAUGGGAUCGCAGACUGGCUGUAUGAGGAGGAGAUCCUGCACUCACACAUUGCGCACUGGUGGUCUCCAGACGGAGAGAGAUUGGCGUUCCUCAUGAUAAACGAUAGCCUGGUCCCGAAUAUGAUGAUUCCUCAGUUUACAGGAAGCUUGUAUCCCCGAGGAAGGCAGUUUCCAUAUCCCAAGGCAGGACAAACUAACCCUUCCGUGAGACUGCUGGUUACGAACCUGUACGGACCGACGCACACGCUGGAACUCAUGCCACCCGACAGCCUAAAAUCCAGAGAUUUUUAUAUCACCAUGGUGAAAUGGGUGAGUAACACCAAAACUGUGGUGCGAUGGUUAAACCGUGUGCAGAACAUUUCCAUUCUCACCGUCUGUGAAACCACCACCGGCGCCUGCAGCAAAAAAUAUGAGAUUAUCUCUGAUGUAUGGCUGUCUAAGCAGAAUGAGGAACCGGUGUUUUCCAAAGAUGGCAGCAAAUUCUUCCUCACGGUACCGGUGAAGCAAGGCGGUCGUGGGGAAUUCCAUCAUAUUGCUAUGUUCAGUGUGCAGGCUAAGACAGACAUUGUAAGUGUCCGACAUCUGACCUCAGGGAGCUGGGAAGUCAUCAAGAUUUUGGCUUAUGAUGAACCCUCACAGAAGCUGUAUUUCCUAAGCACAGAAGGGUCUCCACGAGGUCGGCAGCUAUACAGUGUUUCAAUCUUUGGUUUGUUGAAUCGCCAUUGUCUCUCCUGUGGUUUUGCCAUGGACCAGUGUUCCUACUUCAAUGCCAAGUUCAGCCCAUUUAAUCAUCACUUUCUCCUCCACUGCAAAGGUCCUGGCAUUCCGUCAGUCAGCGUACAUAGCACCAACAAUCCCUCAGAUUUUUUUACUAUAGAAAACAAUUACAUGUUGAAAGAAGCAAUUUCACAGAAAAAGAUUUUCAAGAGUGAAAUAAAGAUGAUUCAAAUUGAAGAUUAUGAACUCCCUCUGCGGCUUUCAUUCCCCAAGGAUUUUACGGAGAAGAACCAAUACCCUCUCCUGCUCAUCAUAGAUGAAGCCCCUGGCAGCCAACUGGUGACAGACAAGUUCCAUAUAGACUGGGACUCCGUGCUUAUUAAUUCAGAUAACGUUAUCAUUGCUCGAUUUGAUGGACGAGGCAGCGGAUUUCAAGGACUGAAAAUCUUACAGGAGGUCCAUCGUGGAAUUGGAUCUGUAGAAGUAAAGGAUCACAUAGCUGCUGUAGAAUGGUUAUUGAGAGAACCGUUUAUUGAUCCCAACAGAAUCAGCAUCUAUGGAAAGGGCUACGGAGGGUACAUCGCUUCAAUGAUUAUUAAAGCCAGUGAGAGGCUGUUUAAAUGUGGGGCCUUGUUUGCACCGAUCACAGAUAUGAAGCUGUAUGCAUCUGCAUUUUCUGAGCGUUACCUUGGGAUGCCAUCGAAAGAAGAGAACACAUAUCAGGCUUCCAGCGUCUUACACAACAUUCACGGCUUUAAACUGAAGAAUUUGCUACUGAUUCACGGAACAGCAGAUGCAAAAGUCCAUUUCCAGCAUUCGGCCGAAUUAAUCAAACAUUUGAUCAAGGUUGGAGUGAACCACACAAUGCAGGUGUAUCCAGACGAAGGUCACAUUAUCUCAGCUGAGAAGAGUCGAUUCCAUCUAUACAGCAAUCUGGUCCGUUUUUUUGGUGAUUGCUCACAAAGUGAAGUGAUUGCUAUACCACAGGAACUGGAAGAAGAUGAGUGAAAUAGUGAUGAGAUAUCUGGACUCAGUGAUUGUCUCUAAGCAGUACUAUUGGAAGGCUUGGGACCAGCAGCACACAUCGGAUAAGACAUCAACCCGAGGACUAAACUUUCUACCUUGUGGAGAUGUACAAAGAAACCUAGUUUUCUUAAUAUUAGUGUACUGCAUGUUUCCUUUUCUUUAUUCAUUAAGAAGACAAACUACAAUUUCUAUUUCUGUAACACCUUGGAAGGCAAUGUCCGGUUUCUGGCCAGAGGGACAUUUCCCCCGGUUGCCACCAUCAUUUUAAACGGAAACAAGUGCAAUUUCUUCACUGCCCUUAGUGAGAAACUCCGUUAUCAAAGAACUCACUAUUUUUAUUGUUUCUUUAAAAAAAAUAGACAAAUCUUGUUCAGUUGGCUGUUUUACAUAAAUCUUAUCGAUGAGCGUUUUUUCAAA